AUGGCUACCACUGCUACCGCUGCCACUGCCGCUGUUCCUAUCCCCGCUCCUUCGGGCAGCCAUUCUCGCAACUCGUCCCUCUCUGCUGGAGUAGCAAUCCCCCUGUCGGUCUCUAUCCCCCGUCAGAGGUCCUUCUCGUCCUCGUUCUCUCUUGCCACCAGUGGCGUCCCUAUUUCUGCUGGCGCUCCCUCCCCCAGGACAUUCACGGGCUCGUCGAUGAUCUCGAACCCAGGCUCGUUCCCUGGAUCUGCUAACCCAUUUACACUGGGUGCCUUUGCCCCACUCUCACCCACUUCGUCUUCUCCACCCGGCAAUGGUGGGUCCAACUCGGUGUCGGCUUCGCAGUCUGUCCCCGUUCUUCAUAGACGGUUCUCGAGUUCGUUCAACCAGCUCAACCAAAUUGUGUCUCCUCCAGCUCGGUCCACCGAACGUGGCCGCAGAACAAGCAUGUUUGGAGGCAGUUCGCCACCCACGACCAUCUCUAUCCAGACAGCAGGCAACACUGCCACCAACAACAACACCGAUACCCACAACUCUGUCAGCGCCAUGGGCAGCGGACUCUUCCGCAAGUUUUCGACUUCCAGGCCGAUGACUACAACCUCGAACACCGCUUCUACCCCUUCAGGUGGUGCAGCAGCAGGACACCCCUUUGACAGGAACGAUGCUGGUCCAACCGUGGUCGUCUCCCCUCAGCCCAGCAACAACCAGCAGCAGCACUCAUCGAUGCUCUCACCUCCAGGAACUCAGGAAGAUGCUCGUCACCUUACCACUGCUGUUGACAAGCUGAAGCCCUCGUACGACAAGACCUCGCGGUCAAGCAGCCCCAUGCGUAACAUGAUCCUGAAUGGUCAAAUGCUCGACUAA